CUUUCUUCCAACCUCAACCCUCUUGCAGAACAGCUCCGCAACACCCAAUCCUGUUCCUGCAGCUACACUCAGUCAUGGAGAAGAUCACAGAUAAGAUAGCGGCAUUGCCGCCAGACUCUACUUUUUUCUCUCUCGAGUUCUUUCCUCCCAAAACUGCAAUGGGUAGCUCCAACCUGCGCGCACGACUCGACCGAAUGUCCCGCGCCUUGCGCCCUCUCUUCAUAACCGUGACCUGGGGUGCCGGCGGCUCUACCGCCACGAAAUCCCUCGAAUUGGCCGAGCUAUGUCAACGUGAACUUGGGCUGACGACGUGCCUGCACUUGACGUGCACGAACAUAAGCAAGGAGUUAGUGGAUCGUGCAUUGGAGGAUGCGAGGAGUCUGGGGGUUCGAAAUAUUUUGGCCUUGCGAGGCGAUCCGCCCCGCACCGAGGAGUACACUGUUAAUGGGGACGCCGAAGCGAAGAAAGAUGACCUUGAAUUCGAGUGGGCAAUUGAUCUGGUGCGGUACAUAAGAAAGCAAUACGGGGAUUAUUUCUGCAUAGGCGUCGCUGCGUACCCAGAAGGCCAUGCAGACGAAUCGCACCCACAAGGCCAAAGCCUGGAGCACGACCUUCCUUACCUUGUGGAUAAGGUACAGGCGGGGGCAGAUUUCAUCGUCACGCAGUUAUUUUUCGAUGUUGACGCUUAUGACAAGUUUGAGAAGCGGCUGAGGGAGCACGAAAGUGGGGCUUUCAAAACAAUACCGAUUAUCCCAGGAAUGAUGCCCAUUCAAAGCUAUCAGAUGAUCAAACGGACUACGAAGCUGAGCCAUGCGGCUUUACCUUCAGAUAUUAUGUCGCGUCUGGAUGAGGUGAAGGGAAACGAUGAGAUGGUAAAAAAGGUGGGUGUGGAUAUCGUUUCCGAGAUGGUUGAGCACUUGAAGAAAUCUCCAACCAACACCUCCAAACAACCACGCGGUUUCCACUUCUACACCCUUAACCUCGAAAAGGCGGUCGCCUUCAUCCUAGAACGCACAAACUUGAUUCCCCCCCUUCCCUCAGAAACCGACUCCGCAGUUCUGGAACCCCUCCCCACCACUUUACAACUACAAAACUUGUCCAUCAAUGGCGCCUCGGAAAACGAAUCAUCAUCCCGACGCCUAUCUUCAGCCGGUUCUGAUCCUCACAAUCGUGUCAUCAUUACUGCCUCUCAUGCCUCAAAUCCAGAUUUCGAAACCACUGCGCUCGAGGCCUCCGUUCCUGCGGAACCAAUCAACAGCCGCUCGAACACGCUCGCUAUAUCUGAAGGCGAGGGUGCUCUUGGCCGUGAAGCAACUUGGGACGACUUCCCCAACGGUCGGUGGGGAGAUGCACGUUCUCCCGCAUACGGAGAGAUCGAUGGUUACGGCGUCAGUCUUCACAUGUCGUUCAACCAAGCUAUAAAACUGUGGUCAUACCCCUCCUCUGUCCAGGAUAUCACGAAUCUAUUCCUUCAACACCUCGAAGGCAAGCUGAGCGCGAUUCCAUGGUCGGAAGAAGGUUUCAACGAAGAAACGAGCACGAUUAAGGACCAGCUGUUAAAGCUUAACAGGAAAGGGUGGUGGACUGUAGCGUCGCAGCCUGCGGUAAAUGGCGUACCGUCCACGGAUCAGAUCUUCGGCUGGGGUCCGAAAAACGGGUUCGUGUUUCAAAAAGCGUUCGUGGAGCUCUUCCUCCCCUCGAAAGAUUGGAAUGAAUUGCACGCCAAACUCACCUCACCUGCGAUCGCCGGACAGGUUGGCUGGUACGCGUCAAACGCAAAAGGAGAUUUCAUUUCGAGCGAUACGAGUGACGGGGUCGAUGGUAUGAACGGAGGCUCAACCCAUGCUGUGACGUGGGGGGCCUUCCCAGGGAAAGAGAUCAUCACGCCAACGAUCAUCGAGAAGGUGUCGUUCCAAGCGUGGGCGGAGGAGGCGUUUGGCAUCUGGGCCGAGUGGGCUCGGGUGUACAGCAACCGGGGCGGGCGAGGCGGGGGUGAAGAUGCGGAGCAGGCCCGGAAAAGCAAGGAGCUGAUCGAGGAGGUUAUGAGCGAUGUCUGGCUGGUGAAUGUUAUCCACCAUAGCUAUGUAGACAAAGAGGCCCUCUGGGACCUCCUCUUGAGUUGA